AUGGCAUCAACACAAAAACCAAACUGUGACACAAUAACAUCGCCUCUCCUCCAACUUCCAGCAGAGCUACGUCUCAAAAUCUACGAAUAUGCCCUCUCCGUACCAAACGAGUACCUGGAGAAACCAAUGAUCGUAGUAGACGAUCGCGGCAAAACAUUUACAUCUCGUGGCCAAUACAGAGCCCUAAAAAUGAAUCCUCGCUGGGAAGGGGACGACGGCACCACUCGCAAACUUCUAGCAGUGAAUCGCCAAAUCCACGACGAAGCAGAAGACUACCUUUACUCAACGCAUACCAUCUUCUUCCGCAACUCCUUCAAUCUAGACCGCCUAGAUGAAUUCCUGGAUACGCUGAGCGCGACAGCACGCGCCCGAAUCCACAGCGUGGGCUUCGAAGUCUUCUUCUUCGUGCAUACGCAGAACGGCGUGCCGAAGCGCACGCUCCGAGAAUACGAGCACGCUGGCCGGACUCUCUCGCAGAAAUUGCCCUGCUGGCAUAGUGCACUGCUGUAUCUCGAUCCGCGCUUCUAUUACCCUUCUGCUAAUGUUGGGGGUCGGGAUCUCACGGCGCGAGGGGUAUUUGAUCUUGCGACGCGUUUCGGGGCGCUUUGUAAGGAUGUGAGUUUUAUUCCGUUACCGAAUGGGGACCAGCAUCUUCUUGAAGAGGCUCAGCAGUUUGUUUGGAGGAGUCGGUCGCCGCCUCGAUCAUUGGAUGAUCGGCGGGUUAUCAAGGGUUGUUCUUCUGCCGAUUCGAAGAAAUUGGUCACGCCAAGCCGGUUUCGGUGUACGUCAUCUGUUUUAUGA